CCAGGCGGAAGCGCCGCGGCCCGCGGGCCGAUGGCGGAGCGCGGCCAUGGCGCUGGCGCUGGCGCUGCUGUGGCAGGCGCUGGGCCGGGUGUGGCGGAGCCCCGCCGGUAGCGCCCGCCAUGCGCCCCCGAGCCGCGCCAUGGAGCACGACAGGGCCAUCGAGGUCUACGAUAUCAUCCGGACUAUCCGCGACCCGGAGAAGCCAAACACUUUGGAGGAACUGGAAGUGGUGACAGAAAACUGCGUGGAGGUGCAGGAGAUAGGGGAGGAUGAAUAUCUGGUCAUCAUCAGGUUUACACCAACAGUACCUCAUUGCUCCUUGGCCACUCUGAUCGGCCUUUGUUUAAGAAUAAAACUUCAGAGAUGUUUGCCUUUUAGACACAAGCUGGAAAUCUACAUUUCUGAGGGCACACAUUCCACGGAGGAGGACAUCAACAAGCAGAUCAAUGACAAGGAGAGGGUGGCAGCAGCCAUGGAGAACCCCAACCUGCGCGAGAUCGUGGAGCAGUGCGUGACUGAGCCCGACUAGGGACCCCAGCCUGGGACAGCCCUGCUGCCAGCCCAGCAAACCACAAUCACCAAGGCCUUGGGGUUAAUACUUGAGUUGUUUUUACCUUCCAUGUGUUUUUUUUUUAAAGAGAAAUUGUUUAUAAGAUAGAUUUUAAAUUAUGAGGAAUCAGUCUCUAAAGAAAGCCCGGUGUGUAGUGCUGGAAGUUUGUAAUUUUUGGUGUCCAGAGGAAUAUUUUGUGAUUCAAAGCAACACAUCUGCAUUGCCUUCUGAGAGACGUUGUGAUACAAAUUCAGUUUUGCAAGUUGAAUUUCUACAUUGUUUCAAUCACUGCACUGUAAAAAUAAAACAGAUUCUUGUACUGAAA